AUGGACGCCUCCUCCCUCCGCAUCUCCAAGUUCGAUGGAACUAACUUCCACGCCUGGAAGUUCAAGAUGCAGAUGGUGCUGGAGGAACGGGACCUAUGGGAGGUCGUCAGCGGUGAGAUCAAGGCGGAACAGUGCGAGACUCAGUUGGACCAAGCGACGUACAAGAGGAAGUCAAGAAAGGCGAUGGCAGUGAUCUGUCUAGCCAUGGAAGAUUCCCAGCUACCGUUGGUCCGGUCGGCAAGUGGUGCAUGCGACGCAUGGUCAAGGUUGGAAGACCACUUCGAGAAGAAGAGUCUUGCCAACAAGCUGUUCUUGCGCCGUCGCUUCUUCACGACAAUGAUGGAAGAAGGCGACGAUGUGCUCGAACACAUCAACAAGCUCAAGACGCUGGCGGAACAGCUAGAAGCGGUGGGGGGCUCCACUUUGGAGUCGCGCUCAGACACUCUUAGCUGGGAGCUCGUGACGUCUCGACUGCUUCAUGAAGAAAUGAAGCGGAAGGAGCAAGGAAGUAAAGGUGAUGAAGCUUCGCAAGGUCAAGCGUUCAUCACAAGGGACAAUCAGCGCAAAGGGCGACCAGUGAAGAAGUCCUGGCCGUGCCACAAUUGCGGAAAGAUUGGUCACUGGAUGGCGGAGUGCCCCUCGCGCAUCCAAGAAAACACGGAGAGACACCGGCCACAGCGUGCUCAAGACAGCGGCGACCGCUAUCGAUCACAACGUGCAAACGUCGCUCAAGAAGAAGACUCGGGCGACUACCUCUUUUCGAUCGGUGAAACGACAUCUGCGAAAUCGAGCGACAUCUGGCUGGUCGACUCCGGGGCGACGCAGCACAUGACGUGCUCCAAGAAGUUCAUGCGGAACUACAAGGGGUUUGACGCUGUGGAUGUCCAUCUCGCGGAUGAUGGAAUCGUCCAAGCAAUCGGCAGUGGGGACAUUGUCAUGUCGAUGAAGACACCCCAAGGGAUGAAGAAAGGUGUGCUCACAAACGUGUGGCACAUCCCAAAGUUAUCCAGAAACCUGUUCUCGGUCGGCCGCUUCACCAAGGAUGUCGGCCCAGUGACGUUCACGAAGGAUGGGUGCUAUGGAGAAGCGAAAGGGACCAAGUGGAAAAUUGGUGCCCGUGAAGGUAAAGGACUGUUCAAGCUGCAAAUGACUCCAGUGGCGCCGGAACAAGCAAAUGCAGCCAAGUCGUCGGGAUGUCAAGGGGGCACCAAGUCGUACCUCUGGCACCUUCGGCUUGGCCACAUAGGUCACGAUGGACUCAAUUGCAUCGUGACGAAGAACAUUGGAAUUGGCAUCGACAUAUCUUCGGUGAAGAAGUGGGACGUGUGUGAAGGUUGUGCUCUGGGAAAACAGACUCGAGUGCGCUUCCAAUCAAACACUACAGCUCGCACCUCCAAACUCCUCGAAGUGAUUCACAGCGACGUAUGCGGACCGAUGUCGAUGGCAACUUUCAGUGGAAAACGGUACUUCGUGACAUUCAUUGAUGACAAGUCAAGAUACUGUGUCGUCUAUCUGCUCAAGAGCAAAUCUGAAGUUGCGGCGAAGUUCAUGGAAUACGCUGCGAUGGCCGAAACGCAAACCGGAAAGCGCGUGAAGUACCUUCAAAGCGACAAUGGGGGUGAAUACAAGUCCGACAAGCUGGCACGAUUCUGCGCGGAACGGGGAAUACAACAAAGGUUCACACCCCCAUAUACUCCUCAGCUAAACGGAGUAGCUGAGAGAAUGAAUCGCACGCUGGUCGAGUGUGCGCGUUGCAUGAUGGAACACGCUGGACUGGGAAAGAGCUACUGGGGUGAAGCAGUGAUGACGGCGAUGUUUCUUCGAAACCGCUGUCCAACACGUGCCAUUCACCAAGACAAGUCUCCAUAUCAAGUGUGGACGAUGAAGAAACCGAUUCUGGCCAACCUUAAAGUGUUUGGAUGCCACGCGUAUAAGUCAUAUCGAUUUGAGGAAGUGUCAACAGGAGCGAUCAAGAUCAGUCGCGAUGCCACAUUCAUGGAAGACAAGUUUGAUGAAGGUCCGCGCAACUACAACGAUGAGUCAAGUGUCGUUGAGUUUGAUGAUCAUGAUGAGGACGAAGAAAAAGAAGAAGGUAAAACUGACGACGACAUGGACUCGAGCGACGAUGACAACGAAGACACCAGGUCUUCGAAGAGCAACAUCAAGAGACACACGCGCACUCAAUCACUUGAGAAAGCUACCGUCAUUCCAAGUCCCAAGCGAAGAACAUACAGAGGUCCGUCGCUUGAGCAUGUGUCAGCGGCUGCAAUGGAUUUUGAAGCAGCCUACAUCGUUGAUUCAGUGGAAACGCCGACUACAUUCAAGUCGGCGAUGGAAUCAAGCGACUCCGGCAAGUGGAAAGAAGCGUGUGACUCGGAGUUCGACUCGCUUCAGAGAAACGACACGUGGGAAAUCGUGCCUCUUCCGAAAGGUCGCAAGGCCAUCGGGUGCCGAUGGGUUUUUCGUGUAAAGGAGAAUCAAGAUGGCGAAGUUGAACGUUUCAAGGCAAGACUUGUGGCCAAAGGAUUCUCACAGAAAUUCGGAGUUGACUAUGAAGAAACUUUCGCACCGGUGGCCAAGUUCACAUCGAUUCGUGUGGUGCUCAGUAUGGCGGCUAAGUACGGCCUAAUGCUACAUCAGAUGGACGUCAAGACAGCGUUUCUUAACGGCUCCCUCAACGAAGACAUCUACAUGGACCAGCCGGACGGAUACCUGGAUGCAACACAGCCGGACUAUGUGGCAAGCUAA